AUGACUUCUCGACCUGGCCCGGGGAUUCACGAAUCUCUUCAGAAUCGUGGUAGCGGCCUGCCUCCUCGGUCCCAGGUGCAGCGUCGGCCGACCAAGCCCAUCUCAACGCUUGUCCAGCCCGACUGCAUCGACCCAGCCCUGGAAGACGACCGCCCUCCCACACACAAUGCUGCACCCGAUGCUGCGCGCCCUCCCCCGCGGGGACGCCCGCCGCUCUUCUAUACCGCCAUGCCCAACUACGCACUCGACAUGCCUAUACACGCCUUCCCUUAUCAGCCAACCGCGAACCUGCCCCUACCCCCACGCCCGGGCUCAAUACAUCUAAGAGAUGCAUCUCAGCAGCGUCGCAUCUGGCCCGGCGGCUCCGGAGUCAAGGACACUCCAAAGCCAGGCGCGUCUGAAGCCGUCGCGCCCCCCGUCCAUUUUCCCGGUGGUAAGGCUGCCGAUGUGUUCCCGUGGACUGGUAAUAGUGCCGAGGAUAACUUGUCCGAGGCGCUUGUCAAGGUGGGCGUCAGCAAUAAGCCUCAGAUCAUGAACGAGUCCAAUACUGCUCGGCCCUCGCUGAUAAACAACCUCAAAAACAAAUCCGGCCUCAGUACGCUAUCCACCCUGUUCGUGGCCGUCCUGGAGAAGAGGCAACAGACUGGCCGCUUACAGGCCCCCAACACCUUCAAGCCCCCACCCCGACUAACACUUAGAGAUUCCACUCGUGAGCAGUGGCUGCACGAUCUGGCAAAUCCGACCACCGGCCUCCGUCGCCUCAGCCGCACCAUACCCCAUGGACUCACUGGUAAGGUGCUGCUGGAACAAUGUCUCAACAAGAACAUACCGCUUCCACGAGCCUUGUGGCUGGCCAAGUGCGUGGGUAUCAAUGAGCUGCGCGCUCACAAGAGAAAGGGACAGGCUGGUACUGUGACGUGGGGAAGAGGCUGGACCAGUUCCGUGGAGCAAUUUAUAGAUGGUGUUAUUGGUGGAAUAGGACAAGGCGAUUGGAAACCACGAAUCACGUAUGCCCUUCAACUGGCCACCCAUCUCUACAAGGAACACCUUUUGGACGACGACCAUUUUCUCGACUGGAUAGUCAAUGGCUUAGACACGUGUGCUUCGGAGCGUCUUUUCAUCUGGCUGUUGGUUGUUUCCAUUUCUCACUACUGGGCGGACGUUACGUGCUGCCGCCGACGCGGCAAGCGUCUUGCUGAGUCGUUGCUCAACCAACUUGACAGGAUCUAUCGACUAGAGGAACAAGGUCCUUAUAUGGCUGUCUUGCAAUAUCUGGAAAACACCGUUGUCAGACUACUUGCAACACGACCAGCAUGUUUACUACUCCCGACAUCAUGGGCGCAGUACAGUCCUCUUCUCCAGAAACUUGCAGAGAGGCGAAACCAUGCACACGUCACCCAAGCCAUCCGGAGACUUGAGCAGCGAAAUUGCAGGCUGUUAAAGUCUCCCCAGAAACCAUCAUUCGCUUCACAAACACCCGCCGGUCGAGUCUAUCGCAUCUUAGACUCUGUUGACUACAAUAGGCCAGUCCGCAUUGAAGACUUGUCCUACGACUGCAUGGAGGUUAUUGGAGAUGCACCCCGCCUAAUCGGUGUUCUCCUCCGCUGGACUUGCACGUACUAUCGAGAAGGUGCACAUAGGGUGUAUCUGGCGACUCGGUUACUUCGGCGGUGGAACCAUCUCGGGGCCGAUGUGUAUGAUGGCAUUGUUUCGUAUUUGCGUGAAAUGACAUGGGUUGCAACAGGCGAUCCUAGCCUUCUUUUCAAGGUUGUCGCAGAACUGGUUCGUUCCAAAACAUUUGCGCUCGGACGCUACCUCCAAUGGCUUAUUGCUACUGGAUCCGUAGGGCAUGGUGCAGAUCUCUCUGUGCCUGGCUCCUGGCCACUGCGUCUAGUCACCGAGAUACCCCUUACUGGCCUACCUGAUCAGAUUCGCACCCUACGAAGCACCCUCCUUCGUGGGACAGUACACUCUGCAGAAUCGGAGCAAAGAGCCCUUACCUACGCCAAACAUAUGAUAUCUCAGACUUUACCUAGUUUGUUUGGGCUCUAUAGUUCCACGACGGACGUGAACGAAGUUGAGCUAGACAAGCUCAGUCCGACCGUGAAGUUUGAGCUAGGUAUCUGGUUACGUCGACAAGUCGCUCAGUAUGCAGAAGUCAACGAGCAUGUCCCUACCAAAGAUGCACCAGGAGAAGAGACUGCUGCAGUGUCUCUGCUAACGGCGUUGGAUUUCCAUAUUGUAAGGUCCUACCUUGAACGUUUUGGAGAUCUCGCUAUACUUGCGGACGUUGUUGGUAUCGCGACUUCAUCAUUGGAUUCCAGUGUUCUUGCCUCCACUGCGGAUACGAUUAACUACCACGCCAAAGCUUUCCGUGCCAUAGGUGCUUUCGAUCCUCUAUUUGCCAGAGUUACAGCGAGAUAUGCCGCUUUGCGAACAAUCCGAUUCCCCGAUCGCGAGCUCCUGCUCAGCCUUGCUAGUCUAGCUCGCACCGCCCAAACUGAUGGACAGCUUCCACAGCUUCUCAGCUAUGACUUGAGCCAACUCAGCCAGCGUAACACUAUUGCCUGCUCGCCUGCCUCUGAUAACAUGGGUGAAGUUAUGCAGACAGGAUCCUCCUCUGAUGACGAAAUUGAGCGUAUCCUUUCUAGCGGUACCAGUAUGGACCAGCAGAUGAUGGGUCGAGUACUCCGCAAGAUUGUAAGCAACAUAGAAGAGCAUUCAGGCAAGGGUUCUGUGCAUCUGAACAGUCAUCAUGGCUGGUUCCAUCGACUCCGCUGUUUCGAUGAACCAACGUUUGAUAUUGUUGUGAAUGAAUGGCUGGCUUCAAGCUUGAUGGCUCAAAGAACCGACAGCUUGCGAGUGGCUCUGCCCACCCUAGCUGGCUCUGGCUGUGUUGCUCUGACUUCUUUCCUGGAAACUUUGCGAGCUUGCGUUGCAAGGUUCAAGACAAGCCCAUCUGAAGGUUGCUUCCAGAGCGCGCUGAAGGGUAUGCACAUUAUCCUGCCGUCCGAUGCACUAGCUCAGUCAUGCUCACCCCAAGAUGCGUAUCGAUACCGCCUCGAGCAGCGAAAGCUAUGCUUAGAGACUGAAGGGCGUUUCAUGCAGUGUCUAGGUGAGCUGAUUGGGCUUGGCUCAAUAAUCUCUUCGCACAAAACUCAAACACAGCUUGCAAGCUUGCUGCGUAGUAGGCCGGUGCUAUCAAUUUUGAAUACUCACAUCGCUACCGAUCCAGGAUGUCUGAGUAAGCUAAGUAAAGACGUUUCGGGUGAUUGCUUGAAUCAGUCACUAGAUACCCUUCUUGAUCCAAACGACCAUUUAGGUUUAUCUCAAAAACCUCCUGAACAGCAGGUGGCCGCGGUAUUUUCACUUGCUAGCGAGCUGUCAUUGCCCAUUUGUCAGGCGGCCAUUGAACGAAUCUUCUCUUCCCGAGCGAACGCGUCUGAGGGCCCCAGUGAGGCGCUAUCUGCUACCCUUCUCAAUGCCAUCAGAGCAGCAGUGGAGGAGGACCGACCAUCUGGACUAGAGCUUCUUGCGAGUUUAGACGCUUCGCUGACAGGGCAGAUACGACAGAAUGCAGAGCGUGAGAUUAUCAACGCUUCCGCCUUCCUGACUGCAAUGUCGACUACCAAACCAGAAGAGACGGAGAUUGUUUCGCCCAAGACUGUCCAGAAGUUCCUCGCCGUCAUCGAUCUAACUCCUAGCAAGGGCGCUGAAAAUAUGGAGCAAUCUGGCCUGCUUCAAGCUUUGGUUGAGAGGCUCAAAGGGAUGACUCAAGCCCUUGAUGACAACAAGCUCUCAGUGUUGGACUUCUACGCUUGGCUGACGGCUCUACUCCGAUUGGCAGUGUCUCACGCUUCGACGAUGAUUAGCAAUGCUACGCAUCCGUACCAGACGGCUAUCAUGAGUGCAAUGGCAGCCCUACUCACUCACCCCACUUUGGAACUGUAUCCUACAAUCACUGAACAUGUGUUUGACGUUACGGUAUUUCUCUCAGAUUACAUCUCUGACGAUGUCCGGUUCCAUGUCACCCGGCUGGAUGGUGCUCGACUCGCGAAUGAUUCACGUUGCGUCUUUAUUCUUGGGGUGACAGCGCCUGUUGAUGGUUGGCUCGUGCUUGCAAGACCUGUCAACGCUCCUCCAAAUCAAAGCUCGUCACAACCACCGACACCUACACCACUGCAAGGACAGCCAACACCCUACCAAAAUCCACAAGCGCAGGCCACAGGAUCUUCGACGCCCCAACAACGGUACUCGAGCCAGCAACAGCAACGACAGCAGCAGAUGCAGGCAGCCCAGCAAGCACAACAAACGCGCAACAUGCAGCAAUACUCACAGCAUCCACAAAACAAGAUGCUCCCCGCCCAGCUCCAGCGAACACCUUCAGGCCAGGCUACCCCAUCACCGCUCUCACAAAUGCAGCAGAUGCAGCAGAUGCAACAGCGCGCCAUGCAACCUUCGCCUGUGUAUUCACAACGCCCGGCCCCUACAGCGAGCCAGGGCCAGGGUGUCAUGCAGGCGCCUGGAAAACUGCAGUUGAAGCAAGAGAAGGAAAUCCGACACUAUCCUUUCGUUCAGCCAAGAUGGGAAAUCCUGGCCGAGAGCUCAGGCAAUCCUACUGGGAAUGAGACCGCAAUCAACUUGAGUCUCUUCGGAGCACGUAGGGUAUAA